CCUGAGCAGCUCACUCUAAGUCAUAAGAUCCCGGAAGUCAGGGAACAGUCUGUAGCCGUAGUGAUUUUGACCCUCAUGUAUGCAUGCAGAGGCCUGAGGCUGAGCAGAGGGUUGUUUCGAUUGGAGAGACUGCAAUCACACCUGACCAUGUAUUCCAACAACAUCAGCAAAUCAUCUUCAGAGAACAACGGUCCAGAGGCCAGAGCUGUGACUGCUGGAAUCAUCAUCAUAGGGGAUGAGAUCCUUAAGGGUCAUACUCAAGACACAAAUUCUUUUUUUAUGUGUAAGAAGCUCCGCUCCAUCGGGGUCAAAGUAAGCCGAAUCUCGGUUAUUCCGGACGAUGUGGAUGCCAUUGCAAGGGAGAUCAACGCAUUUUCCUCUCAGUACACAUACGUACUCACCUCUGGAGGUAUUGGACCCACGCAUGAUGAUGUCACUUUUGAGGCUGUUGCAAAGGCAUUUGAAGAGGAAGUGUUCCCCCAUCCGGAGCUGGUAAUCCUGGUACAAAAGUUCUUUGGAAAGACAGAUGCCUAUUGCCCAGAGAUGAAGCUGGCACGGAUCCCCAUGUCUUCUAAACUGAACUAUGGCACAGACAAGCUAACUGGGGACUGCUUUAAAUACCCACUGAUCAGCGUGCACAAUGUGUACGUCUUCCCUGGCAUUCCCUCGCUCAUGGAGAGGGCUCUGGAAGGGUUGGACCAUUUGUUUCGUAAUGAGCAGACACACUUUUACUGUCGGGAGAUCUUUGUUAAUGCGGAUGAGAUGUCCAUUGCUGCAGUGUUAGAUGAGGCAAACACCUGUUUCCGUAGAUACGUCAGCCUGGGCUCCUAUCCAGACUGGGGAAAUAACUACUACCGGGUGCAGCUGACACUGGACUCUGACUCCGAGCCACGGCUUGAAGAGGCGUACAACUUUCUCAUUAAGCGCUUGCCUCCCGGCGUGAUAGUUCCCUAUGUAAGAGACCCGGUGUCGCACGCAGCAGCUGAGGUGUAUCAGCUGGCGCAGUCAGGGUCUCCUCUGGGACAAAAAGUUGCUGCAGCAUUGCAGACGGUGGAAGAGGCAUUGGACGAAUAUAGUUUGGAGAAGAUCUGUGUGGCAUUUAAUGGCGGGAAAGACUGCACUGCUCUUCUGCACCUGUAUCAUGCGGCUGUGCAGAGGAAAUAUCCUGAUCGAAAAGAGAAGCUGCAAGCCCUCUAUGUCCGCAUCGUUUCUUCCUUCCCUGAGGUGGAGCAAUUCAUGCAGGAUACAACCAAACGAUACAGUCUCCAUAUCUACACCAUUCAAGGUGACAUUAAACAGGCUCUCGUGGACCUGAAAGCCGAGCAGCCACAACUUGAGGCCAUACUCAUGGGAACCCGUCGGACCGAUCCCUACUCCCGAACUCUCACACCUAUGUGCUUGACUGAUCCUGACUGGCCCAAAUACAUGAGAGUCAAUCCUCUGCUGGACUGGUCAUAUAGGAAUAUUUGGGAUUUCCUCCGGACACUAUUUAUUCCUUACUGCAUUCUGUAUGACAAAGGUUACACCUCCCUGGGCAGUAUGGAAAACACUAUUAAGAAUCCGUCCCUGCGUUUCAAUACUCCGGCGGGCGUUGAGAGCUACCACCCAGCCUACAUGCUGGAGAACGAAGAGGAUGAGCGCACCUCCCGGAAUCUGCAGGUCUCCUCGGGCUGUGGGUUGGAGUAGAUGCUGAGCCCCUCAAGCAGUGUGCCAGGCCUCGCUGUGACUGACUACAUGGGGAGAAAGUUAAGGUUGGGGGGAGUGUUGUUUGGUUUUAUUUAUUAUUAUUUUUUCUUUGCUGUGUUUUACAUGUUGAGUUUACGUAGAGAAGCGUAUUUAACCCAUUACAGACCAAAUGCUGCUAAAUGAAUCUGCUCGGUAUACAACACAUUUCUAUAGAGAACAUGCAUACAGGGCAGACGUGGUUUAAAAUACUUGAAUGGGGAUAAAAAGGAUGAGUCUGGAAUACAUACCUCCCCCCUCCCCUUUUGUUCCUCUCCUGUCAGCGUUUCUACCUCAGCCUGUCAGCACAUAUAAUCCCACCAAAGCGUGACAGUCAGCUGACACCCAGCAUGCAUAUCAAAGGGUUAAAUCAUUCACUGAUGUGUGGCAUUAACUAUUCAACUCCCGCGAGGUUUAGCACGUGGUGGGGUUUAAAGAAUUAUGCCAGCUGUUGGUGAAUGACUUUACCCCCAGGGAUUCCAGGCAUCCAGUCCUGAUGUUUCUAGACCCAGCUGCCAGUUAGGCCUACCUCACUAUUGUAACCCAGCCCACAAAGGCAGAGAUUACAACACCUUCCAGCCCUUUCCCAGCAUAACAAACCAGACGUUCUGUUCACCCCAGCUGAUAAAUUCACCCCUUGCACAGCUGCACACAGAUAAUGUUUCCACUCAAAAGGUAUCUCCACCGCCUACCCACAUUGUGCCAUGCUCAUCCAGGCAGCCCCAUGGUGCCUCUAGCUCCAUUUUCCCUGGGACAGGCCCUGCGGAACAUGACGUUACCAUUUCCCCGAUACAAGAAUACCAUGGGUAUGAAUUACGGCUACUCGUUUCUGAAAAGCAUGAAGGAGUGCCUAUAUUUUCUGCUCU